AUGUUUAGACUUGAAUAUGCACAAAAUAAUGAUAUAAUAAUAAAUAAUGAUAUAUUUCACUCAUCUAUAAAUAAAUAUCAUGAUGCAAAACAAAAAAACCAUUCAUUAGAAGCAACAAAUGAUGAAGAUUCAUUAUUAUAUUAUCACUGUAAUAAUGCAUCAAUUAUGAAUACUAAUGAUCACCUAUUAUCAACGAAAGAAGAAAAAGAGGCUUUACCAGCUGAAAUAAUUUUUUCGAAUGAGAAUGAUAAUUCAACUGUUGAAAAAAGUACUAAUACACCUGAAAUAACGAAUGAAAAUGAUAUACUCAAUACUGGAUUUUCGCUAAAUAGAACAGUAUCAUUAACAAAUAGUAGUGCAUUUAGUAGUGAACCAUGUCCAUUGCCAAAUGAUCUUCGUUCUCGUAUUGAUUUAAGUGUCCAACAAACGGAUGAGUCUAAAAUAAUUCACUCAACUCCAACUUUUCAAGAAAUUAAGCCACAAAAAUGUUUUGAACAACAUAAAAAUAAAAAUAAUAUAUCAAUUUCUUAUGUAUACAUAAUUAUAUUCUUGGUUUUACCGUUUAUUCUUGGACAUAUUGUUACACGAUGGGAUCAAUCAAUGAUAACUAAAGUCGUGGAAGAACUUGUUAAAACAAAUCAACGUUUUAAUAAUGUAAAAGAUAUGCGUAUGGGAAACGUUGAAGAGGCACUCACGAAACAGUUAGAAGAAAAACUUCAACAUAUGAUUUAUCAACAAUCAGCAUGGCAUGAUCGUGAAAAAUAUGCUUUUGGUUUACAGAUAUAUGAACUUCAAGAAAUAUUAAAGAGGACACAACAAAGUUUGACAAAUACAAUUCAUCAAUUAACACAAGAGAAUGAACAAUUACAAGAAAAAAUCAAAUUAUUAGAACAUCGUUUACAAGUAACUCAAGAACAGUACCCAAAAAAUACAAUUAUAUGUAUAGAAGGUGUUAAUUGUACAAAAUCAACAUUGAAUAAAUUAGUUACUAUUAUAUUCAAGCAAACAGAAUCAAUUGCUGCUGAUGCUUCAGUUCAUUUAUCAAGUAUUUUCGAAUACUUAAGUGCAUCAGUUAGUAAUAUCGUUGAUCAUCGUCAUAAAUAUAUUGAAAAAAGUAAACGAAAAUUAGCUAAUUUUGCUAGUUCAUCAACUGUUAAAAAGAUUCGAACAUCACUACGUCGUAGUAUUGAGAAUCUUUCUUCAUCGUUUCAUAAAGUUAAAGUAUAUUAUGUUACAUGGUUUAAAACACGUAGACAACGUCGAGAACAAAAUCGAAUACUAAAUAGUGAAAAAGAAACACCACAACGACAAAUACAUAAAAAAUAUUCGUGGCAUUGGACAUUGCAACAAGGUUUUAAUCGGAAACCCGUACGUCAUCAAACAUCAAAUAAAGAAAAAAAUUGUUAUUCGAAAUUUUAUUUUCCAAUGGAUAAAAUAUGUUUAAUGAAAAAUUGGCUGAUAAAAUUUCUUCGACUAUUAUCUCGGGGAUUUCUCUCAUUUACACGUAGUAUUCUCAAAUUUGUAUUAUAA